UAUGGGAUCGGGCCGGGUCCCCGGCCAAUCCUCACCUGGGUUGCAGAGCGGUGUUGGACCUGGACCGCGGGCGAGGGAGGUUUUGAGAACCCUAAACCCCAAGCAAGCUUGUAACUCUGCGCUCUCAUGGCGUAGCUGGAGGGGCUCUCACUCGUUUCUUAUUAUUCUUCUUCCUAUUCGUCUUCAAAAGUUCAAAUGACGCAAUAGCAACAAUCAAAUGGCUGCAGCAACCAUCUCCAAGACGCAAUCCUCCACUUGGUCCCGUCUCAUUUGCAGCCAACUCCUCACUAAACCCAUCAAAUCCCCUCCUCUCUCCAUUUCCCGGAAAAUCUCCACUUCUCCGCGCUUUCCCCCUCCAACAAACGCGAAAUUUUCUUUUCCCGGAAAAGACCGCCAUUUAUCCUUGUCAGCAAGUUCCGCAAGUUCCUCAAGAACGAUCCAGGAUCUUCUGGCGGAUGUGGAGAGGGACAAACAGAGGGAGAGAGAAGAGAGGAAAAAGGCUGGCUUAGACACUGCAGAUAUCGAUGCCGAAGACGAAGAGGACUACAUGGGCGUUGGCCCAUUGAUCGAGAAGCUCGAGAAGGAGAAGCUCAAGGACAGUGUAGACCUUAACUUGUAUGAGGAGCCCACGGACUCUGAAAGUGACGACGACGACGAGAGGUUCACUCCCGACGCCAUAAGGAAGCGAACUGAGGUGUUCGAGAAGAAGUUCAAGCACCACAAAGAGUUGCUAAAGAACUUUGCUGAAUCGGAGACACUUGAUGAUGCUUUCAAAUGGAUGAAGAGAAUUGACAAGUUUGAGCAAAAACAUUUCCAGCUGCGCCCAGAGUACAGGGUCAUUGGGGAAUUAAUGAACCGCCUUAAAGAUGCAUCUGGAAAGGAUAAAUUUCUCCUUCAGCAAAAGCUGAACAGGGCCAUGAGGUUAGUGGAGUGGAAGGAAGCUUAUGAUCCUAAUAAUCCUGCCAAUUAUGGAAUCAUUCAGCACGAGCAAGUUGGACCCUCCGAAGAUCUUUUAGAGCAUUCUGAUGGUGAAGAAGAAAAGCAAGUCACACAAGGGGUUGGAAUAGAUGAUGACGAUGAUGGAUUAUUUGAUGACAUGAAGGAGAAAGAUGAUAUAUUGUUAGAGAAGAUCAAUAACAUUGACAAGAAACUAGAAGAGAAGCUAGCAGCAUUGGAUCAUACAUUUGGGAAGAAAGGAAAGGUUCUAGAGGAUGAGAUAAGAGAUCUUGCUGAGGAGAGGAACUCUUUGACUGAAGAGAAAAGAAGACCACUUUACAGGAAAGGUUUUGAUGUGAAAUUAAUUGAUGUGAAUCGAACUUGUAAAGUUACAAAGGGUGGUCAAGUGGUGAAGUAUACGGCAAUGCUAGCUUGUGGGAACUAUCAUGGUGUCAUUGGUUUUGCGAAAGCAAAAGGCCCAGCAGUUCCUAUUGCUCUUCAGAAGGCAUAUGAGAAAUGCUUUCAGAAUCUCCAUUAUGUAGAACGAUAUGAGGAACAUACAAUUGCACAUGCAGUACAGACAACAUACAAGAAAACCAAGGUUUAUUUAUGGCCGGCAUCAACGAGAACAGGUAUGGUGGCAGGCAGAACAGUCCAAACCAUUUUACAUCUAGCUGGUUUCAAAAACGUGAAGUCCAAGGUUAUUGGCUCAAGGAAUCCUCAUAACACAGUGAAAGCUCUUUUUCAAGCCCUGAAUGCAAUUGAAACUCCAAAAGAUGUUCAAGAGAAGUUUGGUCGAACUGUGGUUGAGUCAUACUUAUUGUGAUAGAACAUCAUUGUGAAAUCUAAGUCCCUCCAACAUUAGCCGAGAUGUACCCGGAGGCCCCGAGGAGCAAAACCUUGAUGUAAAGGAUGGGGGAACUGGAAAAACCAUGCAUAGAAGAAUGGAUGAGGGUGGGAAUGGAAAUAGCGGUUGAAUGGGAAAGAAAGUUGCAAAACUAAGUGCAUUCUUUUUUUCUUUUCCGAGGAAGAGAGUAGAAAACCAAAAGCUCUGUAGAAUUGAGGAUUAGUUGAUGAGCCACUUAGUUUCUUCUCCCAGAGAAUUUAGUCAUUGUAUUCUCGAUGAUUAUUAUGGUGUCUUCAAUGUUAUUCACUAUAUCUCACAUAGAAUUUGCGGUUAUAGAUUGAAUUUAAAAGCUUAAUAGAACAAAAGUCCAAUCGUGGGUAUUGGCAGUAUAUGAAAUUUGAAAGUAUUGUAUUAAA